AUGGAGGUGGCACGCGGAAAGCCGCUGCGGCCCGCUUUCACCUCACCGGUGAAGCAAACUGAGGAAGGUGCGGGAAACAACGACGGCGCACUGAAAGCGCAGCAGGCUGAGGCUCCAAGCGCCAGCCUCAUAAUGAAUGAGCACGAACAUAGCCUCGCCAUUCUACCCUAUAUCACUGAAAAUGCUGCUACUGUCUUCCCAGCUAGCCAGCAUAUGGAAGCAUACUUACGACAGGUCUUCGACUUCGGCCAUCUUACCAUACUUCUACGGUGUCCUUAUGGACUGCUCCCUGCGCAGCCAUCAGAGAUAUCUACUAAUCCCACAACAUCUCCGGCGGGGUUAAGACCCGUUGCAUGCGCACUCUUGCACUCGGCUCUACAGCGCAAAUCGACAAGAACCAACAACAGGCUUGAGCAUCCACAUUGGAGUGGUCCAGGCGGCAACACUCAUUCUGUACGAGACCUAUCGAUCGUUCUUCCUCCGCUGCUCUGGCCUUCUCUAGAUUCAUCGUGUCAGCACGCUAGCGAUCCUACUCCACUCGCAAGCUGCUCCGAUGCAAGUGCAUUCCCAUCUAUCCUGGCCUUCAACACAAUAGUGCUGCUUUCUCGGCGAAACUGGGGCUGUGCGAUCGAUCAACAAAGUCUGGUAGCGAUGGGCGUUCGCACACGUUCCUCGGCAGAAACGGCCGCCUCUUCUGAAACAUCUGCUCCACUCCCACGUCUGUCUCAGCCUUGCCAGAAUAUGCUUUUGCCACGUUGGACGAUUGAUCUACCCGGCCAUGCGAUUAGCGAAGUCCCGUCCAUGGCAGGGCAAAGAUCCGCACACUCCAUGGCGAUACUUUCCCCCUACGGAAAGUGUGUCCCUCAUUAUCGCGCAUUCCGCUCAUGCUGCGACACACAACUUGGUGACGCUCAUCCUGGAAUAACUUCGGACACAGCAUCACUCAUAGCAGGCCUGCACGUCAAGUGGAUGCCAUACGCUUCAAAACGCUGGACACCAUUCUCACGCGCGUCAGAAUGGAAGCAGCAGAGAUUCUCUCUCUGCGACAUUCUGUCAACUGCCCGCUCUACCAAACAUUAUAUCCCCGCAAUCUUGGUAGAUCUACGCAACGAUCUCGCCAGACAGCGAUCAGCGCGUGUUCUCGUUUCAGAACUGCACUUCCAAUUGGAGGCUAGGAUAGACUUUGUACAGCUAAGCAUGCAUGUCCGUGCGCACCCAGAUUCACUCAUCGCAAGCGAAGCCCGCGACGACCACGUGCCUAGCACAACAUAUGGAGAAAUUCCAUCUCGUCUAAACCCUUUCAAAGUCUACAUACACGCGUCCAAGGUCUACCUACACGAUUCCAACCAUCCCAUUCGACCUGAACCACAUCCUAUCCGCUCUCCAUUCCUUCAGCCAUUGAAAACGCAUACCAACCACGACCAAGAUGUUCAGAUGACCCCAAGAAAGCAUCAUGAUCUCCCAGCCCUUCAUGCGAGCGAGAAAGGGUAUAUAAGGACCGUCACAGUCCUACAUGAACAAAAAAUCAUCAAACAACAACAACACCUCAUCAUCAACCCAGAAAAAUCAAUCUUCCCAACCCCCUCAACCCAAACAACCAACAAAAUGCAGUUCACCACCCUCAUCAUCUCCCUCAUGGGCCUGACCGCCCUCAACGCCGCCGCCGUCCCAAAGACACUCGAAGGUAAAAAACUUUCCCCACCCACUCACUCCUCAUCCAACACUCAAGUUUGUACUAAAAUAUAUAUAUCCCAGCUCGCCAAGUCUCCGGCAUCAUCGCCUCCAUCACCGCGACAAUCUCCAGUCUCGAGGCGACUUUGCAGACAGCUACUGGUGACGCUGUCGGCACUAUUCAAGACUCUAUUGAUGGGUUGCAGGAUACUCUUGAUUCGCUUUUGGGGGCGCUUUAAAAAAACCAAGAUGGGGAUAGUUUUGGAUUUGGAUUUGGAUUUGAUUUGA